AGUGCGUCGCGUUUGAUUCAGUCGACGGGCUGGCGUGAGGCCGGGCUGAUUUAAAUGACGACACCUGUCGUGGCUUGGGCAUAUGCUAGCCCACCGAGGUCGAAGAGGCACGCGACCAGCGUUAGCAUCGAAUUUCUUUGGGCUGAAGCCAUGAGGACAAGUGAGUUUGACUCCUCAUCUGAAGACGAGGAGGUUGGAGAGGAGCAGCUGACGCCCUUCCACAUCUCCUGGUUGCCUCUAGCCAUAGUGGAGUGCUCGCAGUUUCUUGGGAUAAGUGCGCUACCAGGUUGCAAAUACAAAGAGAUCCGCAGGAGUCUACAAAGAGACGUUGAGGAGCUCCAGAACCAGGGGGUACAAGACGUGUUUGUUCUCUGCACCAGAGGGGAACUUAACAAGUACAGGGUCCCCUCCCUGCUGGAGGUCUACGAGCAGCGAGGCUUCGCAGUUCACCACAUGCCCUUCCUAGACGGAGACGCUCCUGAGCUGGAGCAGUGCUGCCAGAUCCUCGAGGAGCUGCAGGUCAGCCUCGACAGCAACAGGAGGACACUGAUCCACUGUUUCGGAGGCCUCGGACGCUCUGCAUUAAUCGCUGCCUGUCUGCUGCUUCAGCUCUCUUCAACAAUGACAGCAAACAAAGCCAUCGAAAUCCUCAGGGAGCACAGAGGAGGGGGGGCGAUACAAACAGUGAAGCAAUACAACUUCCUCCACGAGUUUCAAGAAAGAUACACAGCGUACCAAGAGAGGAGGGAGGUUUCCACAGAGCGCUCAGUGUCACGGUGAUGACUGCUUCGCUCUUCAAUUCACGAGCCGUGAAAAUAUUGAUUGCUUCAAACUUG